AGGAUGACUGUUUCAUUGGUUGUAAUCAUGUUUGAAUUAACGGGAAGUCUCGAGUUUAUCGUGCCGACAAUGGUUGCUACAAUGUUUGCAAAAUGGAUUGGUGAUGCUUUCUACAAAAUGGGCAUAUACGAUGCGCAUAUAGAUUUGAACGGCUAUCCAUUUUUAGACAACAAAGGCGAAUAUCCAUAUUCCACGGUUGCCAUACAAGUAAUGAAACCUGGGCCAGGUGGUGGCAUGUUGCGAGUAAUCACACAAGAUACGAUGACAGUUGGUGACAUUGAAAUUUUGCUACGUGAAACUAAUUAUAACGGGUUUCCAGUUGUUGUCAGUGAAGAGAAUUUGUAUUUAGUGGGAUUCUGUCCUCGGCGUGAUUUGCAACUUGCUCUACAUUCCGCUCGUAAGUCACAACCUUACGUUGUCACAAAUUCAAUUGUUUAUUUCAAGACUGAUGUCCCAGCUACAGCAGACGGUACUCCAGCACCACUGCGCUUUCGUAAACUCAUCGAUCUGGCACCGAUGACUGUAACCGAUCAAACACCAAUGGAAACGGUAAUAGAUAUGUUUCGAAAGCUUGGCUUAAGACAAGUACUCGUAACGCGAAAUGGUCGUCUACUUGGGAUAAUCACCAAAAAGGAUAUCCUCGAUUUCAUGAAAAUGGGUGAUGUUGAAAAUCACUCUUUCUAAGUCGUUUAUUAUCCCUUUGUUGAGAAGUCUUUUUUAUCUCUUUAUUGAGGAGAAAAAGUUUCAUUUGUAGUCAUGGUUAGUGUAUGAAUCCCGGUUAUUGCACUCCACUGUUUGCAAUGCUCUUUACUGCGGGAAUUUCCCAUGUAUACAACUUCCGAUGUUAUAUAGGUAGAAAUACCGAAUUUUGCUCCACAUUUUAUUACUCUGUAACAUACUUUCAAUAGCUCCGAGAAGACAUGGAUUAAUUUUUAAAGAACCCG